UAUUCACGAUCGCUCUUUGUUUUGGUAAUUUCGGAAGCGUAGUGAUGGUUUAAUUAAUAGAAUUUGAUGUAUUUUUCCGUCGAGGAGCCUACGAAGAGUAAAAGUCAUUGUUCGAGAACAAAGGCGAAUUAAAGUUAGAUAUAUUUGUGUAUGUUCAGAUUUUAAUGCUAUGAGUCACCCAAUUUUUUGGUUUUUUCAACUCUAUUGCAGUGCUGAAUUCUCCUCUGGAUUAAUGUUUAAGAAUACAUUUCAAUCCGGGUUUCUUUCAAUUUUAUAUAGCCUUGGGAGCAAGCCAUUACAGAUAUGGGAUAAAAAGGUGGUCAAUGGCCAUGUUAAGCGAUUGCAAGAUGAUGACAUACAAUCUAAUGUUUUGGAAAUAGCUGGUUCGGAUGUUCAAUCUACUUAUAUUACUUGUCCAGCUGAUCCGACUGCAACGCUUGGCAUCAAGCUGUCAUUCUUAGUAAUGAUUGUAAAAAAUAUGAAGAAGUACUUCACUUUUGAAAUCCAAGUGCUGGAUGAUAAAAAUGUCCGUCGAAGAUUCCGAGCUUCUAAUUUUCAAGCCGUCACAAGAGUUAAACCAUAUAUAUGCACGAUGCCCUUGAAGUUGGACGACGGGUGGAACCAAAUCCAGCUGAACCUUACUGAUCUGACCCGUCGUGCAUACGGAACAAAUUAUGUCGAAACACUGAGGGUUCAGGUCCACGCGAAUUGCUGCUUGAGGAGAAUAUAUUUCUCGGACCGCCUGUAUUCAGAGGAGGAACUUCCACCGGAAUUUAAACUGUACCUUCCAAUGCAGAAAGCCUGAAUGAUCUUGCAGACGACUUUGGUGGCUUCAAAGAUGAUCGCGUAAAGUGGUUCAUCCAUGGAGGUAUCAAGCUUAUUAGUAUCGAUAUAAUGCAUAGAUUCUGUUAUAAGCCGAACGUAUCUCUUCGGUUACUAGUCGAAGAUAUCGAUAUCGAUAUCGACAGGAUACACAGCUGAAUUUAUGCCCUGUUUUGAGUAACUUCUAUGACUCCUUGGCUUCUGGAGUGUGUGUUUUCUUGGGUUUGAUUUCAGCUGAAAAUAGUGAUGGGUUGCAAACUCAACGUGCUAUAGCGCCUUAAAUGUAAUGGAUUGUGAUGCAUUUAAAACUCCAUUUAUUUGGUAAUUUAUCUUUAUUUAUAUUUCCUGUAUU